CGACAUCAUAUCCAUACUCAGCUGCAGGCCCGCUGUGCAGAUGGCCAUGAACAUCCAGAGCCUCGUCAGCACAUACCUGAGGUCGUCUGCGGGCGACUCGGACCGGCAGGAAGUGGUGCUCGAGCUUGCUCAGGCCAUUGCGAAUGGUAAACUGCCGUUCCUCGAGGUGGUCACUGCGCUGGGCGAGCACCUGACGCAGACAGAUGCCACGAUUCGCGCGGGAAGUAUGCAGCUGCUUAGUCAAUUGCUGGUUGAAAUUCCAGGCAGUACACUUUCAGGACAGCACAUCACUGUCAUGAUUCAAUUCUUCAACGAUAAGCUUGAUGACCAUGUCUGUCUCGACGCAUCACUCGAUUCUCUGCUUGCUUUAGCGAAGAUGUCUCGCUUCUCCGGUGAAGACGCUCAGACACUAUGUUCUGCCUUAUUCUCCGCUAUAGAGGCAUCGCCAAAUUUGCCUCAACGCACACGGCAUCGAUUCUUCCUCAUUGUGGAUCACCUGGUGGCCACACGCCGGAAAGAUAUGCGUGCCAUGGGACAGCCCUUCCUUGCUGGUAUCAUCACUCUCAUGUCAGGAGAAAAGGAUCCGAGGAAUCUCAUGCUCGCCUUUUCCAUCAUGCGUGUCCUGCUGCAAGAAUUCGACAUUGUCAACCACGUCUCCGACUUGUUUGAUGUUGUUUAUUGCUACUUUCCUAUCACAUUCAGGCCUCCGCCAGACGACCCGACAUCCAUCACUACUGAUGAUCUCAAGCAACGUCUUCGCGACUGUCUCUGCGCAACCCAUCAAUUCGCACCCUACCUCAUACCAGAGCUGCUUGAAAAGUUGAAUGCCAUUGCGGUCUCUGUCAAACGCGACACGCUCAUGACAAUCUCAGCAUGCUGCCGAAAUUACACAGCACGAACACUAGACGCCUACACCGCACAGCUCUGGGCGGCCCUGAAAUUUGAAAUCACAAGCGCUGAAGAUCCUGAACUAGAAAAACUUGCUCUUGCAACCUUGACAGAUCUUACAGAGUGUCUCGGUCGUGGUCUUUCUGAAAUGCCGAAACAAGGGCCCCUUGCGCGUUGGCUACAGCCCAUCAUGACGGAUGCUAUAGAUCAGCUUCGUCAGGCUGAACUCAAGUCAGGUAAACCAUGCGGCAAAAUUCUUCAAGCCGUGGGUGUUGCUUCUCCGCUGGCCCUCGAUGUGACUACAAAAUCGACUUUGGCAGGCUGGCUAGCAUUGUACCAGGAAACCAACGACAUCAAUCGUAAGGAAAAACUGCUCGACGUGCUGCGCUGCCUCAUUGGCGCUGCCCAGCAAGUAGAAGGGUCUUUGAGAAAACCUCUCGGUGGCAAAGAAUCGUGUCUUGCAUCGCUCAAGGAUGAUUUAUUUGGCGUCUUGACUGGCAGUCUGCUAGGAUCGAGUGUUUCAGCCGUUGAGCUACGCAUCGCAGCGCUCAAGACGCUUGUCGAGUUCACACAGGUCGAUGGGCUAUGCAGCGAACAAGAGCGCAGCACAACAAUUCAGUAUCUUGGUGACGUCCUGCUCGAUGGACAGGGCGAAUUGGCUGAACAGGCCUUGAUUGCUCUGGCCGACUUUGCAGUCGUUCGAGCACCAUUGAUUCUCGAGCUCACCUUCCCGGCCGUCUUUGCUCGCUUCCCUCUCGAUGUAGAGCAAGAUGAGAGCAAACCCAUCUUGAAGCGGCUACUAUACGCUUUGUAUGAGCUCGCUGUCGAUCGAGCUAUUUUCGACACGCUCGUCAUUCGACUCUACAGCCGACUGGAUGAAUGGCUAAGCAAAGAUCCCUCCAACCUCGUUGAACUGACGCAGUUGGUUGUGUCAACACUGCACGCCUGCCUCAAGCGCUUUGUUCAACAAGAAAAGGACGUGGCUGUACACUUUGAUCGAGUCGUUCCUCAUCUCCUUCAGCGUACCGUUGUUCCCCGCGACACAUCGCACGCCAUGGCCAACCCAAGAGUCUUGCUUGUCACAAGCAGUAUCGUCAAUCUCAUCAUACGUGCCUGCACAAUCGAAAAGCAGCGUGAUAUCGCAGCCAAUCUCUUCGCCAUCUUCAUGAACGGUGGGCUCAAUGAAUAUGUACCGCACAUUGACACAACCUUCAAACCGCUGGAUCCGGAAACGACAGAUGUUCAUGUACGCAACAGUGUCGCCCUCUUUGUGGCCGGCUAUGCGGGAUUGCGCCGUGAAAUCGAGCUGAUCAAUGCCUUUAACCUUGAUUUUUUGGUGCGUGUCAUCAACCUCACAGCGACUUGCAGUAAUGACUUUCAACGACUUGCACUCUAUCGGCUCACCUGCCUUAUUCUCAAUAAGACAAGCGCUGAGGAGGAUGUUGGUGCUGCCGUUCAACAUUUCUUGGCACAAAAAGGAUUCACGGGUCCUGCGAAUGUGGAUAUUUUGCUUUGGGUGACCAAGGCGCUCAUCCUCAAAUCACACAAACAAGCACAGGCUUGUGUUGUCCAGAUUAUUGACUUGAUCGGGCAGGGCAGUCAAGGUCAGCAGGUCGCCGAGAAGUUCAGCGUCCUCAUUGGAAACGAUGCCUACGUCUCAAAGGAAAAUCACCUGCAAGUCAAGAAACUACACAAGCAAAAGUUCUUCGCAUUGGCGAUGCCACGACUAACGGAGAAGCUCGCACAAAGUGAGCAAGGCAGUCGACAUCUCUAUCUGAUGUGCAUGUCGGCCAUUCUUGCCAAUGUGCCUCGAGAAGUGUUCAUGGGAGAGAUUGCCACAAUCCUGCCGAUUCUAUUGCAGUGCAUCAGUCUUGAGCAAAGUGGUAUGAAGCUGGCGGCAAUCGAGACGGUAGACCAAUUGCUGCCGCAAGCCAAGGAUAUCGUCGCGCAGCAUUUGUCGACACUUAUUCCAGGUCUGCUGGAAGUCACGCGUGCGUCGCCAACCAAUACACCGGUAAGUCCUUCAGAUUCGCUUCCAAGCUAAUGAUAGUCUGUGCGGGUUGCUAGCCUCAAGCUCUUGGCCUCCUUGAUUAAAGAGUUGCGCGUUGAUAAACUGCAGCCUUUCAAGGUCAAGACGCUCAAAGCAUUGGGCGACGUGCUAGACGACCCAAAGCGUGUCGUUCGCAAGCAAGCCGUCGACACUCGGCAUUUGUGGUACAUCAAUUGAUUGUUGCGUAUCACAGUAGGCAUAUCCUGAAUAAAGCAACUCAUGAAUGAUGCAAGUCUAUGUACUCAUAGCUCGUCUGAAUAUCUAGCCAGUACACGCUCCGCCA